CUCCUGAACUUCAGGCUGACAGACAGUGAAGGCAAGGACAGCUUGUCGGGCAGAAAACACCGCCAGUGCAGGGUCACCUAGGCUAGAGAACGCGUUCUCUCGAGAGUGUUCUCGAGUCGGUCAGCUUCAGAGGGCUAGCCACUUUGAAGCACGGCACUCGACGUUUUGUAUAAAGAGCGCUAAAUCAGAAAAGGAAUUGGCCGAUCAGUCACUAAAGAAUUUAAGUUGCAGGCGGCUGACAUCAGUGGUGAUUGGCGAGCGCUUCAUUGUGAGGCGAGGGCGCCGCCAGAUAGCGGCCAUGGCCAGUCCCGCACAGCAAAGAGCAUUUUCGGAGUAUGACUUUGCGGGGGACGCCCGCUGGGUGCAGUACCGGCAGAACCUGGAGAUCCCGGUGGGGCGCGACAUGGAGCAGGUGCUGGCGCGCUACAAGGCCAAGUUCUACCAACGGCAUGUGGACCCGGACUUUGUGAUCGCGCCCUCCCCCGCCCCCGCCCCCUCCUCCACUGCUCGCCCGCCCCCCUCCGGCGGUGCGCCGCGUCCUGCAGCCCACUCCGCGGCAGGUGCGCAGUCUGCUUCCUCCCCGCCCCCUGCUGCAGCGGGCCUCCCUCCCCGCGUGGGCCCCCUGCCCAUUGACCGCGCCACGCUGCUCUUCCUUCUCAACGCCUGGGUGGCGGUGAUGGGGCUGGUGGCCUUCUUUCCGCUCAUGCCUGCCGCCCUAGCUCGCCGCGCCUACAAGCUGGCGCUCGGAGGCGCGCUGGCCGCCAGCCUGGCCGCCCUCGUCCUGCAGACAGGGCUGCCGCGUACGUGGAACCUGGGCGGGGUGCGCGCGUGGCUGGUGGGGUGCCUGGCCACGGCGCCCUUCCUGGCCGCGCUCUACUGCUUCGUCUUCCUCACCAGCCCGGCCGUGCUCACCAUGGCCGUGGUCCCCGUGGCCAUCCCCGCGCUGCUGCACAGUGCGGCCCACCUGCAGCGCAACUUCGGGCAGGCGCAGCUCUACAGGCGGUACCUCAGCGGUCCCUGCACGUGGCUCGAGCAGCAUGCAGCGCAGGCGCGGCUGCUGCAGGCCAACGCGGAGAUCGGGGUCGGCUUCUCGCUCCUCUUCCAGCUGCUCUCGCCACAACGCAGCUUCGUCCAACUCUUCGUCUACUGGAACCUCCUCAAGAUCAUGUACCACGCCCCGCCCACGUCCUUCAACCACCGCGCGUCAUGGGCGGCCAUCCAACAGCGGGUGCAGCCCCUUCUCCAAAUGGUGCCGGCCAUCAAUACCCCGUUACAAUACGCGCAAAACUGGUUCCAACGGGUGUAAUGAGUAAUCCAUCCAUUCACUGUGAGACGUCGACCGGAGAGUUGAAAGGGCUAGGGAGUUUUAUGAACCAAUACUCAUUUCAUAGUGGGAGCCUGUUUAGGUCACCUCUCGUACAAUCCUAGCAGUUUCAAUGUGAUAGCUAGUUUGGCAAGCGCCUAGGAUUCGUCGGCAAGCUUUUAAGGGGUGGAACCAAGGGAAUCGAGAAACGUACUCGGUGAAGCGAACAAAAGAAGAUUCGCAGAUUUAUUGAUGGAGCUUUUGACGGGCUCCUUAACUCAGAAUGGACCUAUUUGAGAGAUUGCAUGCCUUCUUCAAAAUAUGUUUCAUCACCCCCGGGCUAAUCUUAAUCAGCUGCUGACAUUAGAUCAUGUAGGUCCACCGUAACACAUGCUUUCAAAAGCAAGGCGCGCCAUCCAGGAUUCACAUAUUUAGUAGGCAGUAUAUGCUCCGCAUAUUUAAAGGACGUGGGA